AUGAAUCUGAGGAUUCAAAGACUAUGGGCUAGAGAAGGGGACGUAAAGGUUAUGGACCUUAGUGAAGAGUAUUUUCUGGUGCGAUUCUCCUCUGAGAAUGACUACAAGUUUGCACUCUAUGAAGGACCUUGGAUGAUAGCUGACCACUACUUGAUGGUCCAGCGAUGGAGGCCUAUGUUUAGAGCUGGUGAAAAUGAAGUCAAGAAGAUUGCGGUCUGGAUUCGUCUGCCUGACUUGCCAGUUGAACUGUUUAAUGACACUUUCCUGUGGAGACUAGGAUCCAUCCUAGGAACCAUGUUGAAAAUCGACUCACAUACUUCUAUCCACACUAGGGGCCGGUUUGCAAGAAUCUGCGUGGAGCUUGAUUUAAGUCAACAGCUAACUCCUACCUUCACUGCCAUGGGAGAAGAGCACCGAUUAGAGUAUGAGGGCCUUCACUUUAUUUGUUUCAGAUGUGGAAGAUAUGGCCAUAAAAUUGAAGGAUGCCGAGAACCAACAGCUAGUGUUCAGAUGUCCCCUACCCUGCAUAUGUCGAUGGGAGCUUCAGACCCCCCUAAGGAAAUCCCAGUGGAUACAGUUGUGCAAGAUGUUGACACCGGAGUAGCAAUGGAAGCUGAGGACCAACAGGCAGCAGUUACCAAGGAAACUGAACCCCCCAAUUGUUUUGGUCCCUGGAUGCUGGUAAAGAAAACUGUGAGGAAAAGAACAGGAAAAUCAAAUGGCAGCAAUCUGCAAAAUCAGAGGGCUGGGUCUAGAUUCAAUGUUCUUGAAGAUAUCACAGAAAAGAAGCAAGACCUAUUUGAGGAAGUUACACCAACAAGUAAGGUUAGUCACCCACCCAGACAGGCCAAAACUGCCCCUGCCCAAACUAAGAAGAACGGGAAAAAUCAACCCAAGCAAGGGUCUUCAAAAACCCCUGGACCAACCAAAACGCCAAAGGAAAACAUCAUCCCCCAGCCCAAGACUCCUCUUGACUCCAAGGUCCCUUCCCCGAGUAUGGUUCUGAAAGAGAGAGCUCUCAUGGAGGAAGUCAGCAGACACCAACAUCGUCUGUGGGAAGAUUUUAAGGCAGGGAAAGGAACAAAUGAUUGGCUUGAGAGCAGUGCCAUAGUUCCUACUGAAGAGGAUCUUCAAUUCAUCCAAGCUAUGCUCAGGAAAAAAGGUGUUGAGAAAGUCAAUCCAGGAGACAAAUGUUUGGAGCUGGUAAAUCAAACUCCUCAAUGCUCUCUGCAACAAGCUGGCAAUGCAUUGCUUGAACAAGAUGCCCCCAUGGGGGAUGCACCUGACUCUUCCUCGUAA